AUGGAAGGUGAGGAUGAUUUGGACAUAUUGACGGCCCUGCUGGCAGAGAGUGAGGAUGUUGGAGCAGAUGUGGAUGACUUGGAUGGCCUGUUUGACAAUGAUGAUGAGGGGGAGGUGGAGUACAAAGAAGGGAUCGAUGAGGAGGAGGAGGAGGGAGGUGUUGGAAAAGACGACACAGUAUCUGAUCUCUUUGGGGAUGUUGAUGACAUCGAGGAGGAGGAGGACAACUGUGGACGAGGACAAGCCACAGAAGAAGAUGCCAGUGAGAGCUUUAACAAAUCUAAGGAGGAUUUACAAGAGGAGCUGAAACUCAUGCAGGAGAAGAUGAAGAGGCUGCAGCAGCAGCUGGAGGCAUCUCAAACGGCUUCCAGUGCACCUUCUACCCCAGCCAGGACAACAGCAACCCUGGGUCACCCCAAACCGAGGUCCCCUUCACAGGGCCCAUCCAGGGAGGCUGCCACCAAACCAACCCUGAGCGUGGAGAAAACCCGGACCCAAGCAGUAAAACCCUCAUCCACCCCAGGAAGAGAAGAAGGCAUUAAGCUGCAAGAGUCUGCAGACUUCUCCGCCCAGCUGAACAACGCUGACGCAUUCAAACGAAAAUCCCGGACGGCCCACCAGCCCAGAGCCAGCACAUCACCAGAUGGUCGCGGACCACUGGUGGAGAUCAAGAUUGGCAGCUCAUUCCAGCCAAUGGAGAGCACCAGCAAGGUCAGCAGUCCCCUUCAUUCGCCCCCAGCUUCCCAGAGCAAACCUGGCUCAGCGCCUCCCAAAGCUGGGCAGAGCAAGGCUCUUCCUCCUCCUGCUCUUCCAAAAGACGUGGGUGUCGAGAAGUAUUCUGGACUACGGCUAAGGAGGCCGCGGGUCUCAUCCACUGAGAUGGACCGCAAGAUGGCAGACCGCAGGCUCAUCCGUCUCUCACAGCUGCCUGAGCGCCUGGCCCGAGAGAAACUGGAGGACAGCGACUGGGUGACCUUUGCUGUGCUGGUGAACAAGGUGACGCCUCAGAGCCACAGCAGCGGAAAAACCUUCAGCAUCUGGAAACUGAAUGACCUCCAUAACCUGGAAGUGUUUGUGUCUCUCCUGCUGUUUGGGGAGGUUCAUAAGGAGCACUGGAAGACCGACCCUGGCACCGUCAUCGGCCUCCUCAACCCCAAUCCCAUGAGGGAGAAAGACGGUUACGACGAGGUCCGUCUGUCGGUGGACCACCCCCAGAAGGUGCUGCUGAUGGGGGAGGCCCAGGACUAUGGUACCUGUAAGGCCAUGAAGAAGAAUGGAGACCCCUGCUCCCAGAUUGUUAACUUGUACGAGUGCCAGUACUGCCAGUACCACGUCAAGGCCCAGUACCAGAAGAUGAGCUCCAAGAGGGCUGAUCUACAGUCAACCUAUUCGGGGAAGGCUCCCAGAAGGGGGAGGGGGAGGGGGACCAGCCUGAAGGAACGUCUGUGUCAAGACGGCUUCCAUUAUGGCGGCAUGUCAUCCGCCGCGUGCGCCGCCUCGCUAACUGCUUCCAAGCCAAACAAGCCAGUCCAGCGAACUCUGGAUAAACUGUUUGUGAAGGGGGCAGCACAGCUGGUCGACCAGGCCAAGAAACUGGCCAUGCAGUCUGGCGCGGUUUCAGGAUGCACAGAUGAGUUUAAGGACUUGAUGUCCCUGCCCACUCCCGGAGCCCUGCAGCUGAAGAAACAUCUAUCACAGCCCAAGAUGUCAGGCUCCCAGGGUCUGGUUGGUGGUGAGGUCCAGUCCAUCUCGGCGUCAGAGCUUCUGAAGCAGCAGAAACGUAAACAGCAGGAGCUUCUGGAGGCCCGCCGGCGCCGGGCAGAGGAGAUCCAGAACAGGGUGCUUCAGUCCAGGAUCAGGGCCAGGCCUGGGUCCAGUGGGGCACCUGGGCCCUCUGCUCCCCUAGGCCAGGGGCUCCUGGUCUCUCCUAAGGCUGCCUCUGAAGUCCCUAAGGCCACCAAGAGCCCCUCAGUCCCCAAGUCACCCAUGCUGGGGCGGGGCUUCUCUGAGGGAGAAGACAUCCUGUUCUUUGAUCAAAGCCUGCCCCCGCCCCCCAGCUCUCUCAGCCUGUCAGCUGCCAAGGUGGCAGCUUUGAAGAAGUUCCGAGCCAAAGGAGUGGGGCUUGUGAAGGAUGAUCCCAAUGCUGUAAAGAGGAAAAGAAGUGACAUCAGUGACAUCAACAACCGGGUGGAGAGGAACCGGGUCCCACCUGAAGGUGAAUCGUCUGUGGCUGAGGAGGAGGAGCCAGCUCAGAAGAAGAAGCGAGAGCAACUCCAGUACCUCCAGUCAGAAGAGUUCCAGAAGAUUCUCAGUGCCAAAUCUCGCCAUUCAGCUGAACUGCAGGCAGCGGAGUACCAGCUCCAGGAGCGCUACUUUGCGGCUCUGGUGAAGAAGGAGCAGAUGGAGGAGAAGAUGCAGGGUAUCAGGGAGAUGAAGUGCCGAGCCGUCACCUGUAGAAAGUGUAAAUACACCUACUUCAAGCCAGCGGACCGCUGCGUCGGGGAGAACCACGACCUACGGUGGCACGACGCCGUCAAACGCUUCUUUAAGUGUCCGUGUGGACAGAGAGCCAUCGCUCUGGACCGGCUACCUCACAAACACUGCAGUAACUGUGGACUGUUCAAGUGGGAACGAGACGGCAUGCUUAAGGAGAAGAGGGGGCCCAAGAUUGCUGGCGAGUUGCUGCUGCCUCGUGGAGAGGAGCAAGCCAAAUUCCUCAACAGCAUGAAGUGA